ACGAGCAGCAGUGAGAAUGUUGAAGGAGGCGCUGGAUGCAGAGAACCCGAUAGACCUGCACAGUCCUCCAGAGUCUUCUAGAGUCCUGCACAGUCCUCUGGAGUCCUCCAAAGUUGCUAAAGUCCUGCACAGUCUUCUAGAGACCUGUGGAGCCCUCUGGAGGACAUAUGAAGUCAUCUUCCUAUCACAGCAUCCAGCUCCACGUCACAGGAAUCCGACUUUCUUCUGACCUUUGCCUCAAUCCCACCAAACAAGACGAGAAGCAUGAGAGCUCUUUUGUUUGUUUGGGGACUUUGGUUUAUUUCUUCCACUGAAACAGCCGGUCCGACAUGCAGAGGGAGGUGCGGGACCGUCCUUCAGGAAUGCUCCUGCCGUGCAUCAUGCGUGUCUCUGGAGAGCUGCUGCGCAGACUUCCAGCGGUCCUGCUUCCAGGUGUCUCCGUACUCCAGCUCCAUGCUGGGAGGAAGACUCCUCAGGAUCCAGGACUUGGACCUCAACCCUGGAGGGAACCUUUUCUGCAGGUUCAAAGGGGAAAUGCAGCGAAGAGGCUUUCUGGAGGGAAAACUGGGCGCCUUCUGCGUCUCUCCGCUGCUGUUUGAGACGGGCUGGAUCCCGUUUGACGUCUCAACGGACGGAGUGGAUUUUAACAGAUCAGGAGAGUUUUUAUCAGUCCAUCCCAGCAGAGCCGACCCGGCGCUCCAGGUCACGCUGGUGGAUCCAGAACGGUGGCAGAACUACGGCGUGACCGGAGAGGCGGGGCCGCUCAGGACGACGUGGAACCGCUCGCUUAUCCAAACGGAAAAGGUCAACGUAGAGCUGUGGGGUUACAGGGAGGUCAACCGGACCUCAGGGGCAGUAACCUCCUCCCCCCAGGCCGAGCUCCGCUACCUGUACUCUCUGGGCAGAAAUGUCCCAAACUCUGGGGACUUCGGGUUCGACCCCCAGCCCAGAGCAGAGUUUUCCAGCUGGGAGCUGGGGAACAUCCGCAUCACGGCCAGCUUUCAGUCAGAGGGGGAGAGGGAUGUGGAGGGGCUCUGGAGUCCGGGUCACGUGCUGGCCUGGCACCUGGAGCAGGCCUUCAGGGACGACCCCGCCGGCUGGGCUUGGGACAGGUGUCUGCGGUGGGACCGCCACGAGAAGACGCUGCCGGACGUCCUGGAUGAGCUGGAGGACUGUCCGUGCACGCUGGCUCAGGCACGGGCCGACACGGGCCGGUUUCACACCGAUUACAGCUGUAACCUGGACAGCGGCAGCGCGUGCACGUACCACCCUGGAAGCGUCCACUGCGUCAGAGGCAUCCGGGCCGGGCCCGCCUCCGGCUCGGGGCAGCAGUGCUGCUACGACGGCUCCGGCUCUCUGCUGCUGACCGGGGACUCCGCUGGGGGCAGCACCCCAGACAGAGCCCACGACUGGGGCUCGCCGCCGUACCAGAAGCCCCCUCGGGUUCCGGGUUAUUCCCACUGGCUCUACGACGUUGUGAGUUUCUACCACUGCUGCCUGUGGUCGGAUGGCUGCCACGUCUACUUCAACCAUCGACCGUCCAGCGGAUGCAGCAGAUACCAGCCGCCCACAGCAGGUCUGGUUUUCGGGAAUCUACAUUUCAUAACGUUUGACGGCUUCAGCUACACUUUCAGCGGGAAAGGAGAGUAUCAGCUUCUGUCCUCCGGGGAGCUGAGCCUCCAGGCCAGAACGGAACGGGCCAAACUCCCCAACGGCUCUCUGGCGGACGCCACGCAGCUGUCCGCCGUGGCGAUGAGGGAGAACUCCUCGGACGUGUUGGAGGUCCGUCUGGCGGGCGGCCGUCUGCAGGUUCUACGGAACCAGAAGGUUCUGCCCUUCUCAGAGAACAAAUGGAUGGACCUGCGAGGCGCUUUCGUGUUUGGCCCCGCCCCCAAUCACGUCUCGGUGAUGUUUUCCUCUGGUGUUGGCGUGGAGGUUCACCUGAACGGGGGGGCACUGGCAGCCACCGUCUUGCUUCCCGCAGAAUUCUCCAACCACAGCCAGGGUCUCCUUGCACUGAAGGCCGCUGACCAAUCACGUGGCCCCCCUCAGUUUGGGCGGGGCGCCUACAUGGAGGACAUGUUUGUUAUUGGAGCAUCAUGGAACAUUUCAAAGACGUCCUCGCUCUUCACCUACGACUCAGACGACCUUCUGGAUUCCUACUAUUUCCCUCCGAGUCACGACUCCACUUUCGUUCCCGCCUUCACUCCACCCGAGACGCCCGGCGACCCCUUGGUGGCCGACAUGAGGGCGGCGUGUGUGGGAGAAGGGGCGGAGUUCUGUGAACACGACACUCUGGUCACUCGCAGCCUUGAGAAGGGAAACGCCUCGUUGGGGGCUUACCGCGGUCAUCGGACCCUCAGGCGUGCGCUGGAACCAGUGGUCUCCUGCGGUUUCCUCCCGGCCCCCACCAACGGGAAGAAGAACGGCACUCGGUACCUGCAGGGCGACACCGUCCGCUUCUCCUGCGAUGACGGCUUCCUGCUGUUCGGGUCAGAAGAACGCAGGUGUCUGGAUGACGGCUCGUGGUCAGGAGAGCGGACGCACUGCGUCAGAGAGGAAAACGUGAGCUUCAUCCUGGGCACAAUCGGCUCCAUCUGUGCCGUGGUCACCAUGGCAAUAAUGAUCAGACUUCAAACCAGGAAACAAAGCAGGAAGAAAAAAAGCGGAGCAAUGGAGAUGGUGACCCAAGUUCAGACUUGUUAAAUCCUCCGAGCCCUGCUGGUGGUGGAGCCUGCGUCAGACCCGAGUCAGCGAAUCUGUUCUAACCUGAGCGUUUGGAAAUCCCACGCACUCAGCUGCCCACUUGGAUGACCUUCUCUCUCAUGACCUGAAAACUUUAUCGGGAAAUUUCAGUCAUCAAGCUUCGGUUGUUUGGCCUCAUGUUUUUCCACUUGUUUAGUCUGGAAAAGCUCCAGUUUGUGGUAAAUGGCGCAUGGUGUGACGACUGAGGCAACCAGGGUGAAGGAAACAUGCAACAAUUUGUUUUCACGCCGCCGUUCAGCGUGACUGAGCGCCUGAUCUUCACUAGAAAGAGAACUGUGUAAAUACUACAGGCAGACAUCGCCAUCGCAAUCAACACGUCUCUCUGCCUUUUAUUGCAAACCGGGACCAGAUGUGUUCCUGCUCAUGUCGGACGGGACGUGAACCCGAUCGCUUCUCGCUUGAGAAACCCUGAACUCCUGCUCCGCUUUUGUGUGGCCUUCAGUCAAACGGAGGGUGCUGCUGAGUGACGGCGCCGUACUGAAGCGGGGCGUCGGGGUCACUCCUGCUGCUCCACACACCUGCCUGUAGCUUUAAAUGACUUCCAGGUGAAUUCGUUUGGCCAGAAUGGUCUGGGGAAUCAGAAAAAGGGUCACGCAUGUUCUGCUCUGCCCUGCCGCCCCUCUAUGCUGUUCAGUGCUUGAACCUACUCCAACCCUGCAGGCCCGCUCUGCUGGCUCCGGCCCAGCGCAGACACCGUCAGCUCCGGUUUCUGCUUUGAACCUGACUCACUCCUCCCAGACAAAGCCUUUUUGGGGGUGGGAGGCUCCAGAGUGACGGGGCCCCUUCAGGCUAACCUCUGUCAGAGAGGGGGGUGGGCGUCCAGGAGAAGAGAGUUAAGAACUAAAUGAAGGGAUUUGCUCAUCCAAACCGCAGAACCGGGUCAGUUUCUUCCCCGUUUUUGCCUCACCAGGAUGGAAGCCUGUGGUCCAGGGCAGGUUUGAGUCCCGCCGCUCCGUCCCUUAAGUGGUCGGACGCUCUGCGGCUUGCUCUCAUGUGCUGGCAGUGCUGCAGGUUCUUCCCUGCUCAGCCAGAUGCUGAUUAAUUGCACGUUGAUGAAAGUGGAGGUAUUUUUUUCAUCUCUGCGGGGGCCUGAUGUAACCCCCAGUGUUUGUGCUGGCAGUUCAGUCCUUUUCAAACAGGAGUUACUGCUAAUGCGCCGGGUAGAGGCCCGGCCCGCCGCUUUCACGUGGGACUUUUCCCACUCCUCAGAUCUGCUGAGCGCCCCUGGAUUAUGGAGAAAUCUUUCUGAAGUGGCUUUUGUUCGGGGCGUGUGUUCAUGUUUCAUGUCAGGUGUGCUUCGUCCUCUACCUGCUGACUCCCCGUCAGCCGCCGCCCCCAUCUGGUGUCGGCUCCUCCUUUAAUGGCACUGCUGUAAAUAGAUCCUGGAAGGGGGGGGGCAGCUCAUCAAAGGAGGUGACAGCGUUUUUAUUUAGUCCCAACUCCAGACAAGUUUAUGUUAAGAAUUUGUCACAUUUUUCCUGCAAAGCUCCUAAUACAUUUGUAAACCUAAAGUAAAAAUAAAUUGCAGAAGUCUAAA